CAUAGAUUAAAGAAAACACGCAAAACCCUAAGAUAAGCUUCCAAAGGCCGACCAAUCUUCGAUAUCGAGUCCACUGCCUUCUUCUCCGCUGCUGCUGCUUUCUCCUGCUUUUGGAGCACAUUUGGAGCAAUUAAGCAUUUUGGAGCUUGUGGGAGCACUGCUCUUACUCAGGAUUGCUUUCACUUGGUUUUGCUGCUGUCUAAGUGGAGAUUCUUUGUCUAUAGCAGUAAAUUUUAACAACCUUUUGGAAAACAAUGAGUGAUCGAUCUUCACGUUCCAUCUAUGUUGGUAACUUGCCGGGAGACAUCAGGGAGUCUGAGAUUGAAGAUCUUUUUUACAAGUAUGGCCGCAUUGUUGAUAUUGAAUUGAAGGUUCCACCUCGUCCUCCAUGUUAUUGCUUUAUUGAGUUUGAGCACCCUCGGGACGCCAAAGACGCUGUUGAUGGCCGUGAUGGCUAUAACUUUGACGGCUGCCGCUUGAGGGUUGAGCUUUCCCAUGGUGGUCGAGGACAGUCUUCAGGUGAUCGUCGUGGUGGAUACGGUGGUGGGGGUGGCUACCGUGGAGGUGGCGGCGGUGGUGGUGGUGGUGGUGGUGGAUCUGCUCGGUUUGGCGUCUCACGACACUCUGAAUUCCGAGUUAUCGUACGUGGGCUUCCAUCAUCUGCUUCAUGGCAAGAUUUGAAGGAUCAUAUGCGGAAGGCUGGUGAUGUGUGCUUUGCUGAGGUCACUCGAGACCGUGAUGGAGCUUAUGGUGUUGUUGACUACACUAACUAUGAUGACAUGAAGUAUGCUAUAAGGAAACUUGACGAUACAGAGUUCAAAAACCCCUGGGCUAGAGGCUAUAUAAGGGUUAAGAAAUAUGAAAGCUCCCAGUCAAGAAGCCCAAGCAGGAGCCGAAGCAGAAGCCGAGGACGUGAUCGCAGCCGUAGCCGUAGCCGUAGCAGGAGCAGGAGCAUCAGCAGAAGCAAGAGCCCAAGGAAGGAAAUGAGUAAAUCACCAAGACGAUCUCGUUCCAGAUCGAUAUCAAAAUCUAGAUCGCCCUCUCCUGACAUGAAGAAGAGCCCUCCUAGGUCUCUUUCAAAGUCUCCAGCCAAGAUCCGGGAAGGCAGUGAGUGAGUGAUUGCGAAAGUUCUCAUGAUCAAGUCAUAGAAACUGAGUUUUAUUAUGUGUGUAUUCGACUAUCUUAUGUGCUGCUUUGAGUUUACAACCUGCUACUUUUACCUGUUCUUUGAAAUAUUUGAUUUUUGAGUCAAACUUAAAUAUUUUUCAUUUUCUAAA